AGUCCAAACAACAAGUUAAAAGCGAGAGAGAUCGAGGCGGAGUGAUACCUCCUGUCAGCGGGAGCCAGCUCAACUCUGAGUCCCAGUCGCUCCUAGUUGUCUCUGUCUGUCCCUGGUUGUCUCUGUGUGUCUCUGUCUGUCCCUGGUUGUGUCUCUGUCUGUCCCUGGUUGUGUCCUGUGUGUCUCUGUCUGUCCCUGGUUGUGUCUCUGUCUGUCCCUGGUUGUGUCCUGUGUGUCUCUGUCUGUCCCUGGUUGUGUCCUGUGUGUCUCUGUCUGUCCCUGGUUGUGUCUCUGUCUGUCCCUGGUUGUGUCCUGUGUGUCUCUGUCUGUCCCUGGUUGUGUCCUGAGAUGAAGAGGAGACUCCUGCUCGUGUCCAACUCCACCCUCCACGGUGGUGGGUACCUGGGACACUGUCAGGACAACAUCUCUGACUUCUUCGGAAAAGACGUGAAGUCGGUUCUGUUUGUUCCUUACGCUCUGCACGACAGAGACGCCUACACCAGAACGGCCCGGGACAAGUUCCAGACUCUGGGUUACGAGCUGGAAAGUAUCCACGAGGCCUCGGACCCGGUGGAGGCCGUCAGGAAGGCCGAGGGCUUCUUCAUCGGAGGAGGGAACACCUUCCGGCUGCUGAAGAGUCUCUAUGACAACCAGGUGGUGUCGGAGAUCCGGAGACGAGUGAUGGAGGACGGCGUCCCCUACAUGGGCUCCAGCGCCGGCACCAACGUGGCCACCGUCAGCAUCAGCACCACCAACGACAUGCCCAUCGUCUUCCCUCCGUCCUUCUCCGCCAUCGGCCUCGUGCCUUUCAACAUCAACCCCCACUACCUGGAGCCCGACCCCGGCAGCCGCCACAUGGGGGAAACCAGAGAGCAGAGGAUCACUCAGUACCACGAAGAACCCGACACACCUCAAGUCCUGGGUCUGAGAGAAGGGUCCAUGCUGCUGGUGGAGGGAAACCGAGCCACACUACUGGGAACCACAAAGGCCAAACUCUUCAGCAGGGGACGUCCCUCGGUGGAGUACGACCUCGGCAGCGACCUGAGCUUCCUUCUGACGGACGGCGCCCCCCCCCCCCUCCACCUGACUCCAGACUCUUCUUCAAUGAUCCGUCUGCUUGAACCAAAAUAAAAAACUGAAAGAAGCAUCGUUGACAUGA